AUGCUCAGAAAGAACGUAAGACUUAGAAAAGAAUAUCUAAUGAGAAUAGAAGAUGAAAAAAGAGCAAAACAGAAGUAUGAUAAUAAGAUGAGAUUACUUAAUGCUGAAAUUGAAAGAAAAAAUGUUCCAACAGAUUUAUAUAGAGAUGAGGAUAAUUUAAGAAAAGAAAUAAAUGCAUAAGAUGAUAAUACAAUAGGUUUGAUAAUAAUAAUAAUGGGAUAGUACCAAGAACUCAUAUAGAUGAUGAAUAUGCUAUGAGUUUUUAUAGAGAACCUUAAAUUGCAUUAACAACAAGCAGAUCUCCAUCAUAAAGAUUAGUAACAUUAAUGAAAGAGAUGGGUUUAAUCUUUCCUAAUUGUACUAGAGUUAAUAGAGGAGCUUUAGUAGUUAAAGAUUUAGUGACACAUUGUUAACAAAAAAAUUAUUCAGAUCUUAUUAUUGUACAUGAACAUAGAGGAGAACCUGAUGGAUUAAUUAUAUCUCAUAUGCCAUUAGGUCCUACAAUUUAUUUUGGUGUUAAAAAUGCAGUCUUAAGACAUGAUUUAGAUGUUAGAGCAGGUAUUCAUUUAUAAUUUAUAUUAGAUCCUCUUUCUGAAUAGUAUCCUCAUUUAAUUUUUGAUAAUUUCUCAACAAAACUUGGAGAAAGAGUUAUUACCAUUUUAAAACAUCUCUUUCCAGUACCUAAAAUUGAUAGUAAAAGAGUUUUAACUUUUCAUAAUGAAAAUGGUGUUAUUUCAUUUAGACAUCACACUUUUCAAAAAACAUUUAAUCAAGUUGAUCUUAAUGAAUAAGGCCCAAGAUUUGAACUUAAACCAUACAAAAUAACUUUAGGUACUAUUGGAUAAAAAGAAGCCAUUGUUGAAUGGUAAUUAAGAACAUUUAUUAACACAGCUGGUAAAAAAAGUGUAUUAUGAAAUUGUGUGU